UAAUAAUUUUUAUUAUCACUUUUGAGCAGUCGUAUCCCGUUUAGACUAAAACCCUAACUUUAUAAAGCUAGAUCUCGUGUUAGGGUUCUUCUUCUUUUGUGGAAGGCGGAAGAAGCAGUAGCGAGCGACGAAGAGAAGACAGGAUGGUGAAGUACAGGUUUCAUCAGUACCAGGUUGUUGGGCGAGCUCUGCCAACCCCAACUGAAGCAAAUCCUAAGAUCUACCGGAUGAAACUAUGGGCCACAAAUGAUGUACGUGCCAAGUCCAAGUUCUGGUAUUUUCUGAGAAAACUGAAGAAGGUGAAGAAGAGUAAUGGACAAAUGCUUGCUAUAAAUGAGAUUUUUGAGAAAAACCCUACAACAAUCAAGAACUACGGUAUUUGGCUGCGUUACCAGAGUAGGACUGGUUACCAUAACAUGUACAAAGAAUAUCGGGACACCACUUUAAAUGGUGCUGUUCAACAAAUGUACGAUGAGAUGGCUUCUCGUCACAGAGUGCGACAACCUUGCAUCCAGAUUAUCAAGACGGCUACUAUUCCUGCCAAGCUUUGCAAACGUGAGAAUACCAAACAAUUCCAUGAUCCCGAUAUCAAAUUUCCUUUGGUGUACCGUAAAGUCAGGCCACCAACAAGGAAGUUGAAAACAACCUUUAAGGCAUCCAGACCUAACUUAUUUAUGUAAGAGGGUCAUUUGGAUGAACACUGGAUUUCUAGCUGUUUAGUAGAGGAGGUUUUUGUUCUGUUAUUUUGAGAUGAAGUUAUUAAACUGCCAGAGUAUCGCAGGGCCACUUUUAGUUUAGGAUGUUAUUGUGAACACGUUUGGGCAAAUUUUAUUUCUUCAUUGCUGAGGUUCUUUAAAGAGUUAAAGCAGGUACUUUAUAUGUGA